AUGCUGCUAGGUGAAAGAACGGUAAAAGAAGACAUGUGUGGUAUUUUUGGGUACUGCAAUUUUUUGAUUGAAAAAUCGAGAGGUGAAAUAAUUGACACGUUGAUCGAGGGCUUACAAACCUUGGGAUACAGAGGUUAUGACUCUAGCGGUUUAUCAAUUCAAGGUGACGAAUUGGGGUCUCUUAACAUUUAUAAACAGACUGGUAAAAUAGGCAAUCUAGAGGAAGAAAUUGCUCUCCGCAGCCCCAAUAGGGACCUGCCAUUCAUUUCCCACUGUGGCAUUGCGCAUACUAGGUGGGCAACACAUGGCAAGGUGAAGCGUGCCAAUUGUCACCCUCAUAACUCUGAUCCGUCUAACGAAUUUGUUGUAAUUCACAACGGUGUCAUCACUAACUUUAAUAAUUUGAAGGUUUUGUUGGCCAGUAAGGGCCACGUGUUUAAAAGUGACACUGAUACCGAGUGUAUUCCAAAACUAUACAAGCACAUUUAUGACAUAAGCAUUCAGCUAGGGUAUAACCUUGAUUUCCAUGAAUUAACGAACUUGGUGCUUAAAGAAUUGGAAGGGUCUUACGGACUGCUUUGCACUUCUUCCCACUUCCCAGAUGAAGUUAUUGCUGCAAGAAAGGGCUCUCCGCUAGCUAUUGGCGUUAAAAGUAAAGCGAAGUUGAAGGUAGACUUUGUCGAAGUGGAAUACUUGGAUCAAAAAGAAAACUACCUUGAGAUUAACAUGUCAAGUGAUCCUAAUAAUUAUUCAGCCCGGACUUCUGUAAACUAUAAUGCUUGCUUAAGAAAAUCCCCCCCACUACGCUCGCAAUGUGUGAAGGUCCCUACAUAUGAUGAAGAUGUCUUUAGCACGAAUCACGCAUCAUCCAUAGAAUUAUUGUCAGAAGGUGAGUUGCCACAACCCAUAGAAUUUUAUUUGUCAUCCGAUUUCUCUUCAUUAAUGCAAUACACAAAUAAGGUGUUGUAUUUGGAGGAUGAUGAUAUUGCUCACAUCUAUGACGGAGAAGUUCAUAUUCAUUGCUCUCGAAACGACCGCGGUGAUCUACCGUUCAGAACAAUCCAAACCAUAGAAUCAGAGCUGUUACAACUUGUGAAAGGUUCUUACGAUAAUUUCAUGCAAAAGGAGAUAUACGAACAGCCUGAAACAACUGGAAAUGUCAUGCGAGGAAGAAUUGACGUCUCUACGAAUCGAGUAAUUUUGGGUGGACUAGAACACUGGAUGUUCGAGUUGAGAAGGGCAAGAAGAAUAAUAAUGAUUGCAUGCAGAGCCUCUUAUCAUGCGUGUCUAGCUACUCGUGCCAUCUUCGAGGAAUUAAUUGAGAUCCCCAUUGAUGUUGAAUUGGCUUCGGAUUUUAUUGACCGCAACUGCUGCAUCUUCAGGGACGAUGUUUGUAUAUUUGUUUCUCAAAGUGGAGAAACAUCAGACACGAUUUGCGCUUUAAACUAUUGUUUAAAAAAAGAGGCAAUUACCGUUGGAGUUGUUAACACUACCGGUUCUUCAAUUUCAAGAUUUACGCAUUGUGGCGUUCACAUAAAUGCAGGCCCAGAAAAAGGAGCUACAUCAACAAAGUGUUAUACUAGUCAGUAUAUUGCUUUGGUUAUGAUUGCUUUAUGUCUAUCAGAAGAUAAGGUGUCUCAAGUCGAAAGAAGAAAGGAAAUAAUACAAGGACUAAUUUUGAUCCCAAAGCAAAUCGAAGAAGUGUUCAGGCUGGAAUCAACAAUUAUUGAUUUAUGUGACAAUGAACUCCGAGACCAAGAAUCGGUAUUGGUUUUGGGAAGGGGUUUCCAGUUUGCGUCUGCUUUAGAAGGUGCCUUAAAGAUGAAAGAGAUUUCCUAUGUUCAUUCCGAAGGUCUUCUAGCGGGUGAACCGAAACAUGGAGUCUCAGAUCUGGUGGAUGAGGCUUUAUCAAUCAUUGCAUUUGCGACCAAAGACUCGCUCUUUCCCAAAGUCGUAUCUUCCAUCGAGCGUAUAAUAGCAAGAAAGGGCAAUCCGAUUAUCAUUUGUAACAAGGGAGACAAGAUAUGGGAGCAGAAAAAACUACAAAAAAAUUUCGUUACGCUCGAAGUACCACAGACUGUGAACUGUCUGCAGGGAGUGCUGAAUAUCAUUCCUUUGCAAUUGAUUUCCUACUGGUUAGCAGUCAAAAGAGGUGCCGACCUUGAUUCUCCAAUAGAACCGGCAAAGACAUCCACCGCACAAUAA